CCUCCUAUUCGCGCCGCACACCGGCGUAUAGUGGCACGCUGCUGUGGGAGUACAUCCCAUCAUUUGACGCAAGUCAGCCAGCGUGGCUGGAUAUCUUUCUGGCGCAAACAGCGUGCACAAUCUGAUCCCGAAAGUGCUGAGUGGUGUAAAAUAACUCUCCAAGUAGUUCGACGUCUCGUGUCUAUGCUUUUAUUUUGAAGUCCUUCCUUUUAUUUUGAAGGAGGUUUGUGCCGUUUCUUUUCUUCUUCUUGACGUUUGUCAGUUGAUUUGUUUUCCGUUUACUGUUUGAAGCGGAGCGGCGGUCAUUAAUGAUCAUCCUCAGGAAUCAGGUGCAACGCCAUCCGCAGGCAGAUCGGGGGAGGAGCUAUCAGAGCCAGGCCACACCCGUCCACUACAGCGAGAGAGAGAGAAAGAGAGAGACGGAGAGAGAGAAACUAAGGAGCGCUCAGCCGUCCGUCACCGUCCACAACCAGAAAAAUAUGAUCCGGACACGAUCCUGCGCUUCCACCACGAAGACAACACCUGAUCUCAGCCGAACUCAGUGACCACCGCUCCGCGUUCGCUCUGCCCGGCUCAACUAUUAUUAUUUUUUAAUUAUUAUUAUUUAUUUUAUUUUAUUUUUUCCCCCCUCACACCUUCUCUCUCACACUCUCCGCUGGAUCUUCCGUGCCAGAAAAUCAUGUGCGUGGAGAGCGACGGAUGCGAGAUCGAGGGCUGUAGUAGUUCGGACGAGGUGCGCACGCUGUCGGGCAGCAUGAGCCCCGGACUGAAGCCCAGCCCGGACCUUCACUCCUGCAAACCGGGCCAGAAAUUCCGCGCCGCGCUGCGCCGGUACCGCACGCCGGCUGUCGCUGCGGGAAUCCUCAGCUUUGGGAACGUCCUCAAUUACAUGGACAGAUCCACAGUGGCUGCACCCCUUGACAUUCACAUCUAUUUCAACACAACAAGAGAACGCCUCUGCGUGGUGAAGGUCAGACUCAGUGCUUCCCCUGAUCCCCGGGGUUCUGCUCAGACUGCUGAUAUGUGCGAUGAAGGAAUGGAAACGGCAGACUGCGCAAUCCGUGUUUGUAUCCAUGGGAACCCACGUAGCGAAUAUCGAUCCACAGAGCAUCAGGCUCCUGUAGAAGAUCCCCAAAAAGACAGGCUCAAGUUGUGGUUAAAUCAAGCGGAGGACAGUGAAAUAGGCGUUCUGCUCGACAUCCAGCGGCACUUUGAGGUAACUGACAGUGGAGCCGGCUUGUUGCAAACAGUCUUCAUCUGCAGCUUCAUGGUGGCUGCUCCCAUCUUCGGUUACCUGGGCGACCGCUUCAACAGAAAGAUCAUCCUGAGCUGUGGCAUUUUCUUCUGGUCUACUGUGACCCUGUUGAGCUCGUUCAUCGGCAAAGAGUACUACUGGCUAUUUGUGCUCUCCAGAGGACUAGUGGGCAUCGGCGAGUCCAGCUACUCCGCCAUCUCUUCCACCAUCAUAGGAGACCUGUACACAAGCAACAGCCGCACCAUGAUGCUCUCCGUCUUCUACCUGGCCAUCCCGCUGGGAUCCGGCUUGGGUUACAUCCUGGGCUCCGGUGCCAAGGACGCCGCUGAGGACUGGCACUGGGCAUUAAGGGUGUCACCGGUCCUGGGCAUCACUGUGGGCACUCUGAUCCUGCUCUUUGUGCCUGACCCAAAGAGAGGCAGCGCGGAUCAAAUGGAAGGACACAUCCAUCACUCCCAAUCGUGGCUCAGUGACAUGAAGGCCCUCGCCAAGAACCGGAGCUACGUGUUCUCGUCCUUGGCGACAUCAGCCGUGUCCUUUGCCACGGGCGCGUUUGGAAUGUUGAUUCCCAUCUACCUGUUCCGAGCGCAGGUGGUGCAGAAGGAAGUCGAAGCCUGCACCAAAAAAGUUUGCAGCAGCAGAGACAGCCUCAUCUUUGGGGCCAUCACCUGCGUGACGGGGCUGCUGGGCUUGGUCAUCGGAGCCGUCGCCACGCGCUUCUUUCGGCGCAAGACGGGUCGGGCCGACCCCCUGGUGUGCGCUGUCAGCAUGCUGGGCUCUGCCAUCUUCAUCUGCCUCAUCUUCGUCGUGGCCAAGAACAGCAUCGUUGGAGCUUAUGUUUGCAUCUUCAUCGGAGAGACGCUACUUUUCGUGAACUGGGCUUUGACAGCAGACAUUUUAAUGUUUGUUAUUAUUCCCACACGGAGAGCUACAGCAGUCGCCUUUCAGAGCUUCACCUCUCAUCUCCUGGGUGACGCAGGAAGUCCAUACCUGAUAGGCAAGAUCUCUGAUAAGCUACAGGAGAGAUUCGCUUCAUCUGAACUAUGGAAGUUCCUCAGUUUGGGCUAUGCCCUCAUGCUGUGUCCCUUCAUCAUUGUCCUGGGGGGCAUGUUUUUUCUGGCCACGGCACUGUAUUUCCUGGACGACAGGGAAAAGGCCGAAAAGCUGAAGAAGCUGAUGCAGCAGACUCCACCUUCUUCAGUCAAGGUGAUCAGCAGACGAGGACCUAUCUGCACAGAUGUUUAGAGGACGCCAAAAUAAAGAGUGCCCGCCGUCCAUUUUUAAAAUUUUUUGUCAUCACUGUUAGAAUCCUCCUGCUGCUCUCGUUUGGUCUUUGACUUGGAACUGGAAAACGAGGGGAGCGUCUUGCUCCGCCUCGAACCUCCCCAGUUGCGGGGUGGGGAUCGCUCGGGAGUAGUUUUCUCGCCCCAAGUCUGCGAGGAUCCAUGACGACGCAACUCUUCUGACUUUUUGAUGCCAUACUACUGAAUGCUGACCUUGAACCUGCCCUGUCUACCUGCCUGCCUGCCCGCCCAACAGCUCGCCUCUUGUUUGUCUGUCUGCAUCGAACCGUCGGCUGUUAGUCUGCACCAAGUGCCAUAGCCUCAUUUACAUUCCUAUAAACUUUGCACUGACCACCGACACUCCCUCACGACCUCCUCCCUGACUGCACACAACACCUUCUUCCCCACACAAACACCAAAUUUUCCACCAGUUAUUCCGACCAUGUCGUCCUGUCCACAUCGAUCGCAGUAUUAACAUCACAGUUUACGCCGUAAUCGCAGUGUUCUGCUAACUGAUUACACUGUACAUGUAAACAAAGCAGUCAGCCAAGAGCCAAAAAACAAGAGUUACUGUUUGAAGGUCAGUAAAUCAGCCUUACGAACAGGAGCUUCCCGCCCCCCCACCUGCACAUGUUUCCUUUGACCUCUCAUACAUGUUUUCCUUUGAGCUUUUAGCACUUAAAAUGAGUGUAGACAGUGCCAGAGAAUGUGACAGAUGUGAGAACUUUCUGCACAUUAUUACUUUCUUUUCUGUUUUUGUGUGUGUGUAAUGUUGAAGUUUAAUACUGGAGGUUGCUGCCAAUGAUUGUUUCAGGAGGAUCAUGGUGCUGUUUGCGUGAUCUGAAGCGAACACUGGAUUUUGUUUUGUUUUUGUUAUUUAUUACAUGCUUACAUAUGCUUUUCCCAAAAGAGAAAGGGAAUGCUACUCAUUGGACUUGGAAAAAAAAAAAUAUAUAUAUAUAUAUAUGAGGAGCAAUAGGGAAAA